GGUCCCAGUGAUCGAUCAGGCACGGGAUGGCAGCAUGGUGCGCAGAAAACUUACGGAUGGCGAGCUUCUGGUCUUGCCAUGACCACAUCUUCAAAUGAAUGCGCAAAACUCUUUGAUGGUGCUCUUAGGCAACUUGUUUCAUGGUCGGAUUGUGAUGCUUUAGGAGGUUUUCAUAAAACUCUGGCAGAUUUGAAAGCUUCAGAUCCAGAUGCAAGUAAGUUGACACCUUCCAAAUCAAACAAAAAUUAUAAUAAAAAACGUGAAAAUCUUCAGUACUUCCAAGAGCCUUUCGCCUUGGUUUGGAAGGACUUGGGACGAGCUCAUGCACAAGAAGCCUUUCGCCUUGGCCUAGAAGGACUAGGAACUAGCUCAUGCACAAGGGUAAACCCACUCUUGAAAGCGAAUUUGGAACAGCUCCAAAAAGAUGCCAAAGAGUACGGUAACGAAAGAGAACGGAAGCAUGCCAAAGCAGCACAGCUCUAUGCUCAAGGGUAA